AUGAACGACUCUGAUUCUCAAAUUAACAAUCCCUUAAGUAAUAGCCACGUCUCGAAUUCCGACUAAGAAUAAUUGAUAAGAUAAGAAGAAUCAGAUUGUGAAUUCGAAUGUUCAUAAAACCCUAUGUUAACUGAGGAAGAAAAUAAUGAAAAGUCCGUUGUAUUUAAUAAGCUAAUCUAAAAUUCAUGUAAAAUUGAUAUAAUCUAAGAAUCUUCUAAUUAGAGAAAUAAGAAAAGUUAGUUAGGAUCAUUUUUGACUUCUUAAUAGCUUGAAUCAUAAUAAUACAAAAUUUCUGUUUAAUGUGUGGACUCCAAUAUUGGCAAUCCUCUGUGUUCGGGAGAGGAAGAGACCUAAGAACAUUUGAGGAACAUGAAGGAAAAACUUCAACAACUAGAGAUAAAAUUUGAAAGUUAAGAAAAUGAAAUCAAAGAAAUUCAAUACAAUUUUAAUUCAACAAAAGAAGAAUUACAACAAUUAAAAAUUGAAAAUGAGAAUUAUAAGAAAGAUAACAUAGAGAUUAGACGAUAGUUGUUAAAUUAUCAAAAUGAAUUUUAAAAAGUCUAACAUUUAUUGUAAUUACUGAUCUAAGAGAAAUAACUAAAUCGCUAUGAUAAUCCAAGUUAAAUCUAGAACAAAAGAUCCAAAACAACAGUUGAAUUAAGCAAAGAUCUAAUUGAUAGUCAAGAAUAUUAGUCUAAGCAAAAAUAAAAGCAAACCAAUAGCAAUGGAUCUCCUAUAAAAUCAAGUGAAAAUCAACUAUCAUAACAAUAAACUACGUUUCUUAUUAAUAGCUCCAAAAGUUAUUAUAAUAAGCCAUACAUACCUCAGGUCCAACUAUUUAAUGCUAAUUAAUUGGCUGCAUUGCUUAAAUUGCCCUUGAAUAGGAAGGAUGAAGAAAGAAAAGAUAUUCAUCACAAAUUUCCUGGAAAAGACUUUAACUAUUUAUUUCAAAAGCCAACUAACACUAGUGCAAUAAAUCUGAAUCAAGUUAAAGGUUAAGGUGUUCCUUCAUCUUAUUCAUUUAUUAACACUUCCCUGGGGAAAUGAAGAUGGAUAAAAAUACUAUUUAUUUA